CCAAAGUGAGGUAUGGAUAUGAAUGGAGGAACAUGUAUGACCACACAAAGUUAUGAACCAGAAUUAAAGGAAAAAUAUGGAAACCCCGAACCUCCUUCCUCUGGUGUUCUAUUAACCACGCAGGUGUUUAAUCCGUUUGAUCCAAAUUUUAAGUACAACCGGAGGGGUUCAAGAGAAAAAGAACAUGCUGAAAAUGAUUCAUUACCUAACGAUAUGCAAGACUUACUCGUCUCGUCAGCUAUUAAAGAUGCAAGCCAUUUCGAAUGCUUGAACGGUAAAGAGGUUGAAGAGAUUAAGAAGAAGAUCAAGGUAAUGCGAGGAAAUUUGGAUAUAUCAGUAAAAAAACUCGCAGUGGAAGCAAAGAUUCGUGAAGCUGCCAAAAAUUUGAUGCUUGCGCAAACCAAGGAGAAAAAAGGUAAACAUAAACAAAGUACCAUCGAGCAUUACGAACAGUGUUCUAGAAAGGUACGAGAACUCUCAUCAAAAAUAUGGGUAAUUGAGCGAAAGCUAUCAGAGCUUUAUUUUUUUUUGCUUAAGCAUAUGGUUGCUGUUUGCAUUCGUGAAAUCAAGAAACAGCCGAAAAACGGUGAACAACCAAACGCUUCAAAUGCGGUAUCCGAGAAACGUGAGGAUGAUGAUAAAAAACUAGAGGAAGAAGAGGAAGAAGUAAUGAAUCAUGAAGAAAUACAACAACUUGUGGAACGUAUGGAAUGGAUGCUCGAGACGGUGCAUUCCAUGGGUUCAUUUGUGCACGAACCUUCCGUAGUGAAUGUCGUUGACAUGACUAGUGGAGAGAAAUUAUUAGAACAAGUUAGACAUCUUGAAAUUCUACUAAAAGGAAUGCGCGAAAAAAAAAUUGAGGAGGAAGCCGAUGCGAAAGAUAUUGCUCCUCGUUCUAUACUGAGUUUUUGGAAAGCAUUGAGCCGUUUGUUCCAACAGGAGAUUGAACAAAAGGACUUGCAAAUAGACCCCUAUGAUUUAGAACACGUGCAAAUGCAUUUGAAACCCAGCUUUGACGUUGAGUCUUUUGCUGUCUUGCUGAAUUGUUUGUUUACCAAAUAUCAAAGAGUUAAGCAACUUCAUAGUACUAACCAAGAACUUUUGGAUAUUACUAAACAAGACAACAUUAAAAAAAUUAAUGAACUUGGAAAAGUUGUUGAUGCUCAAAAUGAGCAGGUUCAGUUUCUUCAGACAGAACUCCGAAAAGUUGGACAUACUACCGAGGAUGUUUCAAACUCGAAUGUUGUUCCUGGGUCUGUUCCUGAAUCCAACGGGUCCAACAAUCUAUUGAGGGAUGAGGAGAAGCAAACUUCGUCCUUUGAGGUCAUCCAAAACCUCCAUUCCCAAUGCUCAUUACUGUAUGGCGAGAAAUAUGAAUUACAACAGAACACAUUAUUACUUGAGUCCAGAAUAGCCGAGCUAGAAAACGAAAAGAAAACGAACAAGCUUCUGGAGAAAGAUCUCCUUGCUCAAAUUUCCCAGCUACGGUUAGACUAUGAGCAGCAGAAAGAGUCUAAUGAGUUCACAAAGAAGUUAGUAAAUAGUCUACGUGAUGAACGAACCGCCAUGCAAGCAGAACUUAGUGUUGUUAAAGCAAUGAAUUCUCAAGCAGGAACAUCCACGGAGCCUUUUGAAGGGGAAACACAAAAACAUUUGGAUGUUUUAAGAAGAGAAAACGAGCUGUUACAUUCUCGUAUAAAUACUUUGGAGUUAGAGAAAGAACAGCAUGAGCGAAACCGGGAUACUGUAAAUGAUCUUACUCUCAGACAACUUCAGGUAGAAGAAAUGUUCGCAAACUUGGAUUCUGAUAAGAAGAUGGACCUUGGACUUUUUGACUUUCGAGCUGAACAGAACGGAGCUGAGAAGGCAAAUAAAGUUGAUGAGGUAGAUACUGGAUUUGUUUCAGUAUCUGAAUCACCUAAUAAAGAAGGGAUGAAUGAAAAUGAUUCUCCGCAUCCUUUAAAUGGGGAAACGGAAAAUCGAGCAUCUAUAAAUCAACAACUGCCAAAUGACAAAAUCGAUCAUGAAGAAGAAAUUGAUGCUCUACCUGCUUCAGAAAAUCACCUAGAAUCAAACGCUGCAACCAACACAGAAUAAGUUUCAUCCACGGAAGAUAACUUAAACCACUUUUUUGUCGUAUUAUACAUUGCGAGUCUUUCUAAGCUUUUUUUUUUUUUUUGAACUUAUUUCUUUAUGUUUAGGAAGUCCUUUAAAAGUCAGUCAGUUGCAAACAAGCAUUCCUUUGGUCAAUGUGCAUCAGCAAAUAUGCUUUGCACAAAAAUACUCAUCUGAAAAGACUGAUUGAUUAUUUUCUUUUAUUUUUUUUCCUCAUCUCAUCUCAUUUCAUUCAUUUUCUUUUUCUUGGCAACUGCAAUGAUCAAACACUCAUUCUCAUUUAGCAUUUAAUACACUUUACGCUCUUUUUAAUUUUGAUUCUUUGCAUUCAAUAUUCCAUGGUAGUAAAAACUAUGUGAAUAUUUAAAUAAAAUUCUUUUGCAUAAUUCAAUCUUCCUUUUCUUUUUAUUUAGAAAACAUAGAAGAAAAGUCUUGAUUCUACUGCAGUACCAGACGAAAAUACUUGCUUAUUAUAUAACAUUGUGGUCUUUUUGAUAAUGUUAAAAGAUUUAUUUCAGCAUUCUUUAUGUAUAUACUACUAAUAGUAUUUUUUUCUUUCCUUUUUUUUUUCCUGUUCAAUUAAGCCUAACAUUAAAGCAAUGGGAAAUACAAAAAAAGAUUAGCUUUCUGUAGUUUUUUCUGCCAAAAACAAUCAGUUGAUACUUAAAUUCCUUCUUUCUGAAAUUGGACAAAGAAUGAUGGGUAUGGAAUUACUCCGACUUGGAAGCGUUAGAUGCAAUCUUCUCACGACGGGAGCUUUCUGCUAAAAUUCGAUCAUAAAUGGAACGUUGUUGCAUUAAUUUUGGAGACCAGUCAGAACCUUUGUAACCCAACUGAGGAAUAUCCUCGUUACGAAUGACCGAACCGAUGGACAUGAAGAAACCAAAAGUAGCGGCAGAAGUAAGCAUAUACUGACCUAAGGUUCUUAAAAAGCCGCGAGGACCAGGUCCAUAUCGCAAUACGGCCAUGCCACCGAAAAGGAAACCAAUACCAAGUCCAGCAGCCGAUCCCAUUAUAGCUCCCAUCUUAACUACAAGACUCCAUUAGAAAAUACUCAUUAUAUAUUUGACUUACGCUUAUCGGUAGUAGAAGGUUGAACAGCUUGCAUUUUUGUAAUUUAGUAUCGGGUGGUACCUUUUUUGAGAUAUGGCGGUUUCCUUGUUUCAGGCGAAGGGUUGGUAAGUAACCCUCGAGAAAGCAUGGUGAAUAGUAAAUCUAAUUUAGACUACAAAAGCUGUAAAAUGAGUAUUCUAUUCUUGACGAUAUAUAUAUAUAUUACUUUAUUUUAUAACACAGGAUCUAUGAAUGUUCUGGCUAAAUACAAUGGAUUUUAUGCUUUUCCCACUCGAACUUCAAUAGUCGGCUAGCCCGUUUUAUUAUAAAUUUACUGUUAUGAUGUUAUUUGCAAAAGUGAAGAAAAUUAUUCAAACUUACAAUUCGAACAGUUUAUUUUCCUAACAACCUAUGAGAGAAGGGAAUUUGAUUUUGUAUACCAAAAUCGAACAUGAAUAAACAAGGGAAUCAAUAAUCAAAAGAUUGGUAUAAAGAAAGUGAGAUAUUAACGUGGUCUUUUAUAUGUUUCAUGAGUGAAUUCUUUCAUGUUAAACUCAAGGAAGAAGGAAUGUUGUAACCUUCAAUCUUACGAAAUUACUCCUUACAAAUAGCCCUCAUCGGACAACUUGGAAAGAACGGUAAAAGUGACUUCAGAGACACUUUCAUCGUGGCCAACGUUGACUUGAACCCAGUUGGCUGGAAUUUGGAUGGACUUGUCAGCCUCGGCCAAAGAAACAACUACAGCGGCACCGGCACGUUGAAGUUCUUGGGCAAAAGAAAAAGUAGUAGCGUCUAAACGGGGAAUAGAGCUUACGUGGCGACGACCAUCUUCAUUGAGUGCAGAAACCAAAGCACUAGGGACGAGCUUAUCUGCGGUAGCAGGGACGGCCAAAACGAAACCUUGGGCAAACUUUGGGGGAUAAGAUUGACGCAAAAUCGAUACGACUUGAGGAUAAGAGAACCACUCAGGAAUGUGAGCACCUGUAAGAAGACGACGACGAAGUUCGGUACCGCUAAUGUUGAGAGUACGAGUACCGGCUUCAACUUGGUCAACAGGCUUGUAAAUAUCCUCCUCAGGCAAGUAGGUCAUCAUUUGGAAAGGAACAAUACUAAUUCCAAUUUCAUGGGAGUAUUGCUCAACCAAGUAUUGAGCGUCAUAGGGGCCAUAAAAGUCUUGGCCUUGGCUGUUCUUUCCAGGACCAGCAUGAUCACGGCCAAUAAUGAAAUGACUAGCACCAUAGUUUUUACGAAUGAUGGCAUGCCAUAAGGCCUCACGAGGACCAGCCAUACGCAUAGCCAAGGGAAGAAGGGAAAGCUUAGCAGAUCCCUUGGGAUAACGUUGGAGAAUGGCUUCAUAAACGCGAACACGGGUAAAGUGAUCAAUGUCACCUGGCUUGGUCAUACCCACAACAGGAUGAAUCAACACACGGGCAGAGUGUUGCUUAGCAGCACGUACUGUAAGUUCACGGUGGGCACGGUGCAUAGGGUUACGAGUUUGGAAGGCAACGACACGCUUCCAGUUGUUACGCUCAAACUCAGAACGGAGUUCUGAAGGCGUAUAACGGUAGGCAACAAAGUCAAAGUGGCGGAUGGGGUUAACGGCUUGAAGCUUACCACCAAGGUAAACAUCACCUGCAGUACCGAAUAAGUAUUCUACAGCAGGGUGGGCACGGUCAUUAGCUCCGAAAACCUUUUCAGCCUCAACAACCUUGUCAGGCACGUACUUGUCGUCAACGGUGAGAAUGGCCAAGAUUGUCUGUUCGUCUCUAGGAUCCAAAAGAGAGACGCGGUCUGAGGUCUUGAUGGAUUCGGCUACCUUUUCACUAACAUCCAAGGUAACGGGAAUGGGGAAUACGGCACCAGACUUCAAGCGCAAGUUAUGAACGACACUUUGGUAAUCCUCUUGAGUCAUAAAUCCCUCCAAAGGACUGAAGCCGCCAUUUAAAAUUAGUUCAAGAUCACAGAAUUGACGUUCCGACAACACGAUCUUUGGCAAAGAUGCUGCUUCUUUGUUGAGUUGUUCGCGUAGAGGAGCGUCUCUAGCAAAGAGAUCCUUCAUAACAACUUGACUCAUGGUAAUGCUGGUUUCUUUUCAAAAGUGGUAUAGACAAAAAAGUAAUUCGUAUCUUUGCAGGCUAUGCUCCAGUGGAAGGAAUUUUACUAUUGCAAAGAGGAGGUUAAAGGAAACCAAUUCUCAAAAAUAGCUAACCGCUGAAAUUAAAUCUUUUCCCUACCCAUUGAAAUCUGUCGGAAUACGAUUAGCUCAUUUUGCAAAUGAAUAGUCACAAUGUCGUGAUUUCUCUUAAUUUCGCUUUACGGAAUCUUAUUCUAACUUUAUUUCCAUGAAGCGACAAUUCUUAUAUUUUACUAAGAGUAACGUUUCCUUGAAAAAUUAACUAUUGCUUUCUAUUAAUGUUUCGUUUUACUUUUUUUCAUUGAAUUCAUUUCGAAUUCCUUCCAAAGUCUUCUUCAACCCGACUUUUGGUGAACGGACGAUUCUUUGGAGCAAGAGUCUCAUCUGAUAAGAGUGUAAGCUGUUUUUUAUCUUUCUUAACUUCGAUACAUUAUUGAAUAUAUAAAAAAAUAAUCAAAGGAUUCUGUUGAGAAUGAAUCUCGUUUCAUUUUCUUUUAAGAUUCUAUCUCGUAACCCACGAGUAGGCCUGCAAUGUAAUUCUUUAAAUAUCUUCUUCCGAUAAGUACUACUACCUACGACCGAAGAAUUCGCCUUUAAUCAUUCCUUUUAAAUAUAAGCAUACACUUUUAAUAAUAGCAUAUGCGUAUAUAUAUUUAAUGGUAUGCGUUGGAACACUUUAUAUAAGCACCUAAUGCUUAUAGUAAUAUAUAUACGAAUAUAGACAUGCAUGUAAAACGAGCUUUAAUUUACGUAGGUUUGUUGCUCACUAAACAAGUCAACGAGGCGAAAUAAUGAUUCAACAUUAUUGUGGCACUAGGUUCGAAUCGUAUUAAACGCAUCCUAUUCUCUUAUGCAAUUGACAUCGCAAAGUUGCAACUUUUUUUUUUCUGUCUUUACCCACUUUCCCCAUUAUCUUCC